UCCUGCUUUAACGAGGAGCCAAGAAAAAGCGGAGGCGAAGGCAGCCCCAGCCGAAGAGGGAGGGAGAGAAAGAGAGCGAGCGAGAGAGCGAGUGAAGGCAGCCCGGGACUCCUCCUGCAGCCGCCCUUUCUCUCUCUCUCUCCCCGCGUGGAAAGAAAGCCUCCUUCCCUCCCUGCUCCGUGGCUAAACUUUGUCGGGGCGAGGAAGACCCACGCGAGGCACCCUCCGCAGAGGAAGAAGAGGAGGAGGAGGAGGAGGAGGCGAAGGGGACGCCCCGAAGCCAGCCAACAAGUGAGAAGCCCAAGCGAGGAGGAGGAGGAGGAGGAGGCAAAGGAGGAGAAGGAGAAAGCGGGCGAAGAAGGAAGGGGGAGCCCGCGAGUCCGUGGCUUCUGCCGGCGGUGGGCGCCGAUCCUGUGGAGUCCGCCUCCGCCUGGAAAUCUAGCUGGGGUUUUUGUUUGGUUUGUUCUUCUUCAUUAUUUUUGGAAGUCGCGUCCCGAAGGCAAGCCGGGAAUAAUGCGGAACGUGUGGAUACUGCUCGCUUUCGCCGGGGUGGCCUGCGUGUCGGGAGAGACGAGAGCAGCACUGACCUCUGAUAAAGACCUAUAUCUUGAUAACAGCUCCAUUGAAGAAGCAUCAGGGGUCUAUCCAAUUGAUGAUGAUGAUUAUACAUCUGGGUCGGGCUCAGGAGAUGAAGAGGAAGAUGAGAAUACAAUGAUAGAGCCAACACCUAGAAUGCUUCCAGAACGUCCAGUGAUUCCAGUUAGUGAUUCCCCAAGAACUGAACGAACUACACAGAAAACACAGACCAAGGUACCUACACAAACAAAGUCAUCUGAAGAGCUCGAUCAAAAGAAAAUACUUAAACCAGAGGCUGAAAAUAAAAAUGAUAAAAGUGAACCAAGUGAAGAUACUGAUGUAUUCACCCAGAAACAUUCAGAAAACCUUUUUCAGAGAACAGAAGUAUUGGCAGCUGUUAUCGCUGGUGGAGUUAUCGGGUUUCUCUUUGCCAUCUUCCUCAUCUUGCUUUUGGUAUAUCGCAUGAGGAAGAAGGAUGAAGGCAGCUAUGAUCUCGGGGAACGUAAGCCAUCGAGUGCUGCCUAUCAGAAGGCACCUACUAAAGAGUUUUAUGCAUAAAACUCUCAACUUAGUGUCUCUGUUUAAGAGAUCACUGAACUUUUUAAAUAAAGCUUUUUUUGCAUAGAAUAAUGAAGAACUUUUUUUUUCAUUAAAGAGCCUUUAUGGCACCUUUAUGAUAAAAAAAUCCCAUUGUAUUUAAAACUUUUCAUGUAUUCCUCUAAAGAAAAUGUAAAGUAAAAUCUUAACAUUUUGCAGUGUUCUAUGAAUAGCAGUGGCAAACCGUUAUUUUGUAUAGCCAUUGAUGUUCACUGAAUCAUUUUAAAACUUUAUGCAUAAAUGAAAAUGAUUGUUUUAUCCUAUGGUUCAAUGAAAGUUGUUUAAUUUUUGUCAGCAUGUCUGAAUGAUCUUACAAGUUAGUUUUUCUUUCAUUAAUUUAUCUGUUUCCAAAAAUAAAACGCCUUUUUGUAGUUGUCAUGGUGCAAUUUGUCUUCAGAUAACUCAAAUAAUGGUAACUCUUAGUGUAAAUGUAUUUUUUCAGCUAUGUAAACUUUAACCUCCACUUUGUAUAAAUUUUACUCUCAGAAAAUCCAUUUUACACCUUGCUUUGUUUCUCAGUGUUCCUGUAGCUUAAUUGAAACUUACAGCAGCAAAUUAAUGUGUAAAAUUGGACUAUUACUGCAAAUGAUAUAGUCGUACCCUUCCAAAACAAAUCUUCUUUAUGGGAGAUUUUGCAGUAAGCUACUGACAGAUCUAUACAAACCCAAAGACUCUUUAAAAGUAUUCCAAGAAAUUCCUGCAAAUUUCUGUGGCCACUGUUCAUUAAUUUCUUGCAAUUUGAAGGUACGAGUAGGAAUUUUAAAAGGAUCUCUUUUUUUUGUUUUGUUCUUAAAAUGCAUUUAAGUUGUAAACGUCUUUUAAAGCCUUUGAAGUGCCUAUGAUUCUAUGUAACUUGUUGCAAACUGGUGUUAAUGAGUAUAUAACAGUUAAAAAAGAAAGAAAAUGUUGGUAUUUUAUAAGCACAGACAAUUCUAAUGGUAACUUUUGUAGUCUUACAUGGAUAGACAUAAACUGUAAUUUGGGAACAUAAACACUACUGAAUAAAUCAUGUGGCCUAAUACUGAAA